AGAAGAACGUGUUCUUGAGGAAACAUGGUUUCGGACGCGAGUAAGAAGAAGGUAGCCCAAAAGAAGGCUGCUGCAGCUGCCAAGAGAGGAGGAAAAGCUGCUGGAUCAUCGAAGGCUGCUGCUGCUUCAGAUGCCCAGAAUGGUGGGGGAGUCGACAAGUUAACCAAUGGAGUCGGGUCCCUUGAGAUAUCCGAUCGGACAUGCACUGGUGUGCUCUGUUCUCAUCCCCUGUCUAGAGAUAUUCGUAUAGAGUCAUUAUCAGUUACCUUCCAUGGUCAUGAUCUCAUUGUGGAUUCUGAGCUGGAACUUAAUUUUGGCAGGCGCUAUGGAUUACUUGGACUGAACGGAUGUGGGAAAUCUACCCUCCUUGCAGCAAUAGGGAACCGAGAGCUUCCUAUUCCAGAACACAUGGAUAUCUAUCACCUCACUAGGGAGAUUGAAGCUUCUGACAUGACUGCUUUGGAUGCUGUAAUAAGCUGUGAUGAGGAGAGGCUGAAAUUGGAAAAAGAAGCUGAAGCCCUUGCAGCAGAGGAAGGAGGUGGUGGAGAGACUUUGGAGCGCAUUUAUGAGCGUUUGGAAGCCUUGGAUACAUCAACUGCAGAGAAACGUGCUGCUGAGAUUUUGUAUGGUCUUGGUUUCAAUAAAAAUAUGCAAGCUAAGAAAACUCGAGAUUUCUCAGGUGGCUGGAGAAUGAGGAUCGGUUUAGCACGGGCUCUGUUCAUGAACCCAACUAUCCUUUUGCUUGAUGAACCCACAAACCAUCUAGAUUUAGAGGCUUGUGUUUGGUUGGAAGAGACAUUGAAAAAUUUUGAACGCAUCUUGGUUGUGGUUUCACACUCCCAGGACUUCCUGAAUGGUGUCUGCACAAACAUCAUCCAUAUGCAGAACAAGAAGCUGAAGAUCUAUACUGGUAAUUAUGACCAGUAUGUUCAGACUCGUUCGGAACUUGAGGAGAACCAGAUGAAGCAAUACAAGUGGGAGCAGGAACAGAUUUCAUCAAUGAAAGAGUACAUUGCUCGGUUUGGGCAUGGAUCUGCUAAGCUGGCACGGCAAGCACAGAGCAAAGAGAAGACACUGGCAAAGAUGGAGCGGGGUGGUCUCACAGAAAAGGUGGCAAGGGACCAGGUGUUGGUAUUCCGUUUUACUGAUGUAGGGAAGCUACCUCCACCGGUGCUCCAGUUUGUGGAGGUUACCUUCGGUUACACACCUGACAAUCUGAUCUACAAGAACCUUGACUUCGGGGUGGAUCUUGAUUCAAGGAUAGCUCUGGUGGGACCGAAUGGGGCUGGUAAGAGCACAUUGUUGAAGCUGAUGACGGGGGAGUUGGUUCCCCUUGAUGGCAUGGUCAGGCGGCACAACCACCUGAAGAUUGCGCAGUUCCAUCAGCACUUGACGGAGAAGCUGGACUUGGAGAUGUCUGCUCUACAGUACAUGAUAAAGGAAUAUCCAGGCAACGAGGAAGAGAAGAUGAGAGCAAUUAUUGGUAGGUUUGGGCUGACGGGGAAAGCGCAGGUGAUGCCAAUGAAGAAUUUGUCGGAUGGCCAGAGGAGUCGGGUGAUAUUUGCAUGGUUGGCGUGGAGACAGCCACACAUGCUGUUGCUGGAUGAGCCAACCAAUCAUUUGGAUAUUGAGACGAUCGACUCACUGGCGGAGGCACUGAACGAGUGGGAUGGGGGUAUGGUUCUGGUCAGCCAUGACUUCAGGCUUAUCAACCAGGUAGCAGAAGAGAUAUGGGUAUGUGAGAACCAGGCUGUGACCAGAUGGGAAGGUGAUAUCAUGGCCUUUAAGGAGCACCUCAGGAGGAAGGCUGGUCUAUCUGAUUGAGAGAGGUAGGGGAAUAGGCUCUUGGGGAUGACAUUGCCUUGACAUACUAGUACAUAUAAAUAUGG